UCCAUUUAUUACAGAGUUGUGCCAAGAGACAGAUGUGUCUCUCGGACGCUGCUAAGAAUUUUAAUGUAAUCUGCGAUUAAUCGAUUUGAAACAACCUGUAAUCUUUACUCCCAAGUUCCCACUUACGCUCCGAAACACGCCGAUGGAUAUGUCAAGAUGCUGGCGCAGCAUGUCACGUAUUAUUCGAAAGCUAUGCUCCAAGGUCCGUCGACUCUGUUACAAUCAUUUUGAAGAUGAUGAUGUUGAGGAGGCGUUGAUUAUUAACAAGGAAUCUCUCCGGAAGCUCUCCAGUGAUCACCUAAACAGCGACGAGCUGAGGAGGGACGCUCACAUCUGGCAGAACAGGACCAAUGAGUUGAGGGAGGAAGUUCGCAUACUCAAGAAGCAAGUGAAGGAAUGCGUUACCGAGAAGGACGCUUUAUAUAUCGGACUAAAGCGAGCCAAAGAGGAGAUGAGCGAACUGAGAGCCGCGCUGCGACUCCAGCAGGAUGUAUUAAAAGAGCGCACCGCCGAGAUCCGAGCCAUUCAGGAUCAGGUGCGGAGGCGAGACGCCAGGAUUGGCGAAUACGUCCAAACUAUUCGUGAUCUGCAGGAACAGAUCAGUGUGAUGAAAAAGCAAGUUCAGGAGUGCAUCGUAUAUAAGGAAGCGAUGAAGAAAGUGGGGAAUGAGCAACGAGAAGAGUUGUCAGGGGAGUCCAAAAGCAGUACCGAGCAGUGUCCAGUGAAGGAAAGCGAGAACGAGGGACCUGAUGGUGAACCCCAAGCUGCAGCACAACCAGGAGUCACUAUCAAAAAGCUGGAGCACCAAACACCAUCAAACAGGCCUGACAGCUCCCAGGACACAAGUAGGAAGAGCUUUGCUGAUGAGCUUGCUCCAGGAGUGACAUUACUGCAACGAACAAACACUGAUUACAGGUCUUUCUGUGAGGCAUACGAUUUGGGCCCCAUGGUUGCAAGGGGAUCUUUUGGUCAAGUUUUUGCUGCCACUCGAAAGUCGGACAAAUUACCUGUGGCUGUUAAAUUUAUUAAAAGAGCCAGAGGUAAUGGACAUAUGCAGCAUCCUGAUGACCCUGAGGCAGUUCCUAUGGAAGUGGCCACCAUGAGAGCUGUUUGUGCUCCUCCCUCCUGUCCGUGGAUCAUCCAGUUACUGGACUGGUACUGUGGAUCCUCAAAGACUCUUUUGGUCCUGGAGCGGCCUAAGCAGUGCAUGAGCCUCUCGGAGUUUGCCCGAAACAAUAGAUGGAGACUGUCAGAGAAGCAGUCUCAAUCUGGAUAA